AUGGCGGAGGGCUCUUCUAGGGGUUACGCGUCCGGCUCCGGGGAGGGGUGGAGAUUGGUGCUCCACGACCCCGACGUCGUCGAGGUGUCGGCGGAGACUGACGCUCAGUGGAGCUCUUCCCGUCGCAAGAAGCUGAAGCUGCCCCAGGUUAUUCCUUCUGACGUCAUUGAACUUGAUGCUGAUGAUGAUCCUGAUGGAGUUAUGAUAAUUGGUGAGAAGAUAUCAAAUCAGAAGAAUAAGCAAGCAGUUGUUCAUAUGGAUUGGCCAGAGCAUACAACGGAACUACAGAGCGGUAUGUCUACAAAUUUGGCUGGCCCAAGUGCUAUUCCUGUCAUAGAUGCUUUCCCAUGGGAUGGCCUGGGAGGUCAUCAUUACAAUGUUGCUGGUCCAACUGCUAUUCCUGCCACAAAUUUUUAUCCUUGGGAUGGCCUAGGAGCGUAUCAUGGAGGUGCACUGUUACCCCCAUUUUAUUCUAAUGAGUUUGUUGGGGCACCUGGAGAGGAUCACAGUAAUAAAUACUAUAAUUAUAGCACUUCACUGAUGGAAAGUGGUAGCAGCUUUAACUCUGGUGCGAAUAAUUACAUGGAUGUUCCACCUGGUGCGGGAGCAGUUUUACCAUGGGGGUACAUGCCUUCAACUGAGAUGCCACAUCAGCCCAGUCAAACUAAGGUCGUCAACAGUGAAAUUGAUGAAAAGUACAAGACAUUUAAACAGUUUGAUACUGUUAGUGACUACAGUGACAAUUUCUAUGCAUUGACAGGCCAAAGGAAUGUUCAUGCUGUUAAGAAGCCAUCAAAGGCCUGGGUGAAGCGGAUUCAACAUGAGUGGAAAGUCUUAGAGAAGGAUUUGCCAGAGACAAUAUAUGUACGAGUUUACGAGGAUAGAAUGGACUUGCUUAGAGCUGUCAUCGUUGGACCAGCAGGCACUCCAUAUCAUGAUGGCCUUUUCUUCUUUGAUGUCUAUUUCCCUUCUCGAUAUCCAAGUAAACCUCCGCUAGUGAAUUACCGAUCUGGAGGAUUGCGGCUUAACCCAAAUCUCUAUGAGUGUGGUAAAGUCUGUCUUAGCCUCUUAAACACCUGGUCUGGUACUGGAUGCGAGAUGUGGAACCCAUCUAAUUCAACCAUGUUGCAAGUCCUGGUCUCCAUUCAGGCGUUAGUGUUGAAUUCCAAACCUUAUUUCAAUGAACCUGGGUAUGCAAUGCAUGCUAACACUUCUCAAGGCGAGAAGCAAUCUAUGGCAUACAAUGAAGAAACGUUUUUGCUAUCCUGCAGAACAAUGCAGUACUCUCUUCGGAAUCCACCAAAGCAUUUCGAGGACUUCACUGUUGGCCAUUUCCGCAACUAUGGGCACAAAAUCCUGAAAGGAUGCAAGUCAUACAUGGACGGUGCCCAAGUUGGUUGCCUUGUCGGAGACGGCGUGCAGGAUGUUGACGAGGGUGACAAAAGUUGCUCCAACAACUUCAAGGCCUCACUUAAGCCGUUAUUCGAGGACCUACUGAAGGAAUUCACCAAUAUAGGAGUCAACUGUGAUGAAUUCCGGAAUCCUGGAGAUACUAACAUUGAAGCAGACACCAUACUGAAGUUAUAG